CUGAUCCUUCAACGCCAUCUUGCACUUCUCGAUGCACGGAUUCUCGAAAACAACGUACGCUUGCCGGUGCUGCCGUCAUUUUUAUGCACCGGCAUAGUUGUUUCCGAAUCGUAUUAUUUCAAUUCGCUGACCAAACCAAUGAAAAUAACAUUCAAGGGCUUGAAAAACUCUCUUGCAGUUAUGUAUAAGGAAGGAGAUGACAUGCGCCAGGAUGCGUUGGUCCUGCAACUGGUAAAAAUGAUGAAUGACAUCUGGCUUAGUGAACAACUCGAUCUCAGAAUGAAUGAAGGAGUGAAAAGUGCAGGUGAAGGUGAGAAAAAGCGUGGAAGUGGUCAUUUGUCUAGUCUCAUGUUUGCAACUCAAAAAUGUUAUCUGUGCUUCAUCGAAAUGUUACUUUUUGAAGGAAUGGUGGAGUUGGUUCCUGACUGUCAAACAUUAUGUGAAAUACAAAGUUCUGUUGGUGCGGCUGGUGUUUUUAAGGAUGACGUGCUCAAAAAAUGGCUCGAGAAGUAUAAUUCGUCGGAGUUUCUAUAUAAAAUUGCUUACGAGAAUUUUCAUCUGUCCUGUGCCGGCUGGUGCGUGGCAACGUACGUGUUGGGCAUUGGCGAUCGUCAUAAUGACAACAUACUGAUCACAACGACAGGUCAUGUAUUCCACAUUGACUUUGGCAAGUAUAUGGGCGACUGGCAAAUGGCCGCUGGAUUUCGACGGGACCGCACACCAUUUAUAUUCACAAGUGAUAUGGCUUAUGUUAUUAAUGAAGGUUCACUGCAGUCAUCAACAGGAGAGUACCAGCGCUUCGUGGAUAAUUGUUGCAAGGCAUUCAAUCUUCUCCGAAAGAAAUAUUCGUUGCUUGUAAAUCUUAUGAAAAUGAUGUCAUGUUCCGGUAUUCCUGGCAUGGAUUUGGAAGCCGUCAAUUUUGUUCAGAGCAAUUUGCUGUUAAAUUUAACGGACACCCAGGCAACUGUGCAAUUUACGCGUAUGAUUGAAGAAAGCUUGAAAAGCAGAUUUCCUCGGAUGAAGGAAGAUGGCCGAAUUUUAAGAGCAGACGUGUUGGCAUUUGAGAAGUGGCACGUGCCUGAAAAAGUAUACAUGUAUAAAAUUGAAGUUCAGCGUGAGAAUGAAACUGUUUGCGGAAUUGUUUACAGAUCGUUUUUGGAAUUCAACGAACUUUAUAUAAAGUUAUGCCGAAGAUUUCCGUUCACACGUCUACCUUUGCUCUCACAAGGCACUGGUGUUUUUCGUUCGAACAUUCGUAAGGUAGCCGAACGGCGACAGGCAGACCUGCAGCGAUUCCUCAGUACACUUCUUGAGUAUCAGCCUGAGGUAGCCCACUGCGAUUUGGUGUACACAUUCUUCCACAUGAUUUUUCGCGAUAGUGUUGCAGAAGAAACAAGCACAUUUUCACAAGGAACGGGUGGCCGUAUUUUCCUAAAGAUCAGCUACGAGCAAAAUGACGGAGCUUUGAACAUAUUCAUCGGUCAUGUUAGAGACUUAAAAGCUAUCAACGGUCAGGCACCGGACUCUUAUGUUAAAACAUACUUGCAACCCGAUCCACAGAGGACCUCAAAGCGAAAAACGCACGUUGUUAAGAACACGCAAAUGCCAACUUUCAACGAAGAGGUGUGUGUGCAUGCAUAA